AUGUCGUGGCUGAAAAAUAGCUAUAUUUGGAUUGGUUGUGUAGGUAAGUUAUCACUAUUACUUUGACAGAAAGUUUUGUUUUUUCAGUGACCUUCCAGCUGCUGAUCUUUGCCUUUCUUCUGACAUUUAGACCUUCUUUUGAGUCUCUCGUUCCACUGAUAGGAUAUUACACAAACCGGUCAUUAAAUGCGACAUGGACUUCGCGAAUCUACAACAGGGCCCUGUUUGGCAACGGAGGGAUGAAUUGGGCAGCAGUUUAUCGAUUCGACCAACAACUGGAUCCAUUCUUGGCGGAUCUGAUGGAAACAGUUACAUUGACCUUCAAAGACCAUCAAGUUGAUUAUCAGAUGACGAGGCCAGUGAAUUCAAAUGUCUGUGAUGGAGUAGAUGCGGUGGUGUAUGUGAUGACCACACUCUCUCGACAGGCUACGGAACGAAGGGAAGUUAUGAGAAACAUCAUGUUCAACAAGGUAUGCAGGGAAUUUGUUGUGAUGGUUUGAUCAUUCCAGACCAAUCUCCCUUCCAAUUACACCGUUCUCCAUCGCUAUGUCGUUGGCAGAUACCCAGCUGAAAGGGAAUAUCAGAAGCAAAUAAUAGAGGAGAUGAAACAAUUCGAUGACGUCAUCAUGUUUAAUAUCGAUGAGAACUAUUAUCAUAAUUACAUCAAAUGGCACACAAUGCAUGCCUGGCAUAUGAGACAUUGUCCCGAUGUCAAAUACUUGAUCAAGAUGGAUGAAUAUGUUGUGGUUUACCUGAAAAGAUUAUUCCAAUGGCUGGAUCGGGGGUUUGGCGGAAAGCUGAAUGGAAAGAAGAAGUUUAUGGUGGGGAAUGCAAGAGAAGGGCCUGUUGAGAGACGUGUACAUGAGAGAGCGUAGGUCUGGCCGUUUUUUGUCAUGUUUUCUUGCUCAGAUUUGUCCCAUACGAACAAUUUGCCGGAUCCCAAUAUCCCGUUUACGCCGAUGGUCCCUUGAUUCUCACAACGAACGAUGCAGUCGUGGACCUUAUCAACACCUAUAAAACCAUGAAUUACGUUCGGAUUGAUGACGUAUUUUACAGUGGGAUUGCGAGGGAAAGAGCCGGGAUCGAGGUGAUCGGCUUCGAAGGAUUUGAUGGAGGAAAAAGGAAGUGUUCAGCUGAUGGAUUGCCUUUUUCUGUGUCUAAAAGUCAUGGAGGACAACAACAAAACGCUAAGGGCAUGGUACAAACGUUGGAGUCGAUCAAGAAUAUAAAGUGCAAAAUUAAAUAG